ACCAGGAUAGAACGACACGGGCCUCCUUGAGAUUUCCCUUAGCAUCCAAAGAACGAUGAACGUAUCACACGAAUGACAGACCACCUCUUUGCUUAUCUUUCUCGAUAUUCUUAGACGCUAUGAUAAAAACGAAGGCAAGCGGUAUGUCUAGCAGUCGUAUAGCUCUACUCCUUUCGUGUCUGUAAGGAUGUCUCAAAUCGCAGAUUUCAAGCCCAUUCUUGAUCAGAGCGUUGGUUACGGAGUUGUUAUCGGAGUCGGGUUUUUCUUUGCCCUCGUCAUGUUAUGCUUGACCGCGGUGCAAUCUAACUUCUCUCGGUUUACCCCAAGUUCAUCUGAAGAGUUCACGAGUGCUUCUCGUAGUGUCAAACCUGGAUUAGUGUGCUGUGGCAUCGUCAGUGCCUGGACAUGGAGCGCCACUCUCCUUCAGUCUAGUACUGCAGCCUAUACAUUUGGUGUCAGCGGCCCUUGGUGGUAUGGUGCGGGCGGUUCUAUCCAAGUUGCAAUGUUUGGAAUGGUGGCCGCUAAAGUCAAAAUGAAUGCAAAUGGCGCUCACACGUUCUUGGAGAUCGUCAAAGUUCGCUUUGGUACCACGGCCCACAUCGUUUUCACCAUCUAUGCGUUUAUCUGCGUCCUUGUUGUAUGUGGAUCUCUCUUAGUGGGAGGCGCAGCUACUGUGAACGCCCUCACCGGCAUGAACUUACUUGCUGCGUAUUUUCUUUUGCCAAUUGGCAUUGCGGUGUAUGUCGUAUUCGGCGGAUUGCGUGCCACCUUUAUCUGUGAUUGGACGCAUACCAUCAUUCUAUUCGCCAUCAUUUACACCUUUGUAUUCCGUGCAUACGGGACAUCAUCGGAGAUCGGCAGCGUAGCUCGAAUGUAUGAGUUACUCACACAAGCUGCAAUUGAUGUGCCCGUCCCCGGGAACGCAAAUGGAAGUUAUAUGACAAUGAAGUCGAAUCAGGGUCUCGUGUUCGGAGCGUCAGCGUUGCUUUCAGGAUUUGCGGGCGUGUUUUGUGAUCAGGGAUAUUGGCAAAGGGCAAUUGCAAGUGACCCUAGAGGAACAACUAAAGCUUAUAUGCUCGGUGGACUUUCCUGGUUUGCCGUUCCUUGGGCUUUCGGAUCAUGCCUCGGUCUGAGUGCCCGUGCGCUCCAAAGCAAUCCCUUGUUCCCGACAUACCCGUUCCCUCUGUCACCAGAGCAGACAAGUGCGGGACUCGCCGCACCGGCUGCAGCUGCCGUGCUGAUGGGAAAGGGCGGAGCUGUGGCGCUGUUAUUGGUCGUUUUCAUGGCGGUGACUUCUGCUGCUAGCGCCGAACUCAUCGCCGUAUCCAGUAUUGUGUCGUAUGACAUCUAUCGUACCUACUGGAAUCCACAGGCGACGGGUGCGGAGAUUGUUCGUGUUUCACACUACGCGAUUUGUGCAUGGGCGAUUUGGAUGGGGUGCUGGGCGACCAUACUCCACACAGCGAACAUCGACCUGGGUUGGUUGUACUACGUUCAGGGAAUAGUUCUUAGUCCCGCAGUCAUACCCAUCAUCCUCACGGUGUGGUGGUCUAAGCUCACGCGAACCGGGCUUUUAUAUGGUUCCAUUAUCGGAGCAAUUCUCGGGAUGCUGGCAUGGAUGAUCGGAUGCUGGAAGAUCAAUGGCGCCAUCACCAUCGCGAACCUCGCAUUGCCAAUAUCGGCCGUAUGCAGCGGUCUUACUGGUUUUAUGUUCUCGGGGAUCAUUACAGUCUUCGUAUCUCUUUUGAAACCUGAUAAUUACGAUUUCGAAGGGACUAGGGCUAUAGCAAUGCUGGACAGUUCGGCAAAUAACGACCCCGACUCGGACGUCGUAUCUGGCGAGAAGCGUGAAAAAUCAGAUUUCGAGGUAGGGCCUACGGAUGUUACCCAAGCGGACCCCCUUUGCCGCGAAACUCUGCAGAGGGUGUUCAGGCGAGCGGCAUGGUAUUCAUCAGCAAUGUCCGCGAUUGUCAUUCUUAUCGUUCCAUUAUCCAUGUUUUUCUCGCACUACGUGUUCAGCGAGCGGUUUUACACAUUUUGGGUGGCAUGCUCUAUCGUGUGGGUUUUCAUGAGCGGGACGUUCAGCGUUAUUCUUCCCUUGCUGGAGUCGUGGAGGGAGAUGGCAGCGAUCUUGAAGAGACUUGGACGGCUCGUGACUGCAAAGUUGUACAUAAAAUCAUGACCAAAUUUGCGGGCGAUCGACUAGUCGACCCUGUAUCGUUGUCGCGCUGCGGAAUACACCGAGAAAAUUCCCUGAUCGCCGAGCCUUGGCCAUUGCUGUGACUAGGGACAUCGUUUUUGCUGCAUGUCCUCGGUGAAUCGUUCUUCAUAUACAAAGUUUAACAGACGUUUGUAGACGUGUGUUCAAUCCACCAAGGUAAUCGUG